AUGAUGGUAACUCAAAAGCAGAGUUUGCCUUCUUUUUCCAGCUUUCUUUCUGUUUUGUCUAUUUUAUUUUACUGCGCCGGGUUUUUGAGAGUUGAAUUAGAGUUAAAUGAACAGAAGAAGAGAAUUAACGCUCUUGAAAACAACGCAAAGACUGAGCCGCGACCAUCAAACGAACGAAGUGUUGUGGAGAUAACAAAGACACGUUCUUCCGGUAAGUUUUUUUUUUAGAUUUCUUUACUGUUUAACUUUUAAUUCUUAAUGACUGAAAUUAACCAUUAGAAAGGAUACUAAAUGCUCAUCGUGCCCUGAGGAGAAUCGAAUUGGCAUGUUGUCACCGCUAUCUGUUUGGUAGAACUUCUGGUUGAAAUUAGCUACACAUACAUAAACAGAGAGCCUUCGUAACACAUUGUCUUCUUUUCAUCCAAAGUUUCUACGUAAAAUGUUUUUUACCCAAUCAAAGCUCCCUAAAACAGACAUGAAAGGGACAAGGCCAAGUGUCUGCAUUACAGAGGUAUCCGCUUAUAGAGGAAGGAAUUCUAUCGAAAUUGUAUCAAUUUUUAAGUUUAGGGCAAAUAUAACUGCCCAUAAAAGAGAGCUAUCCGUAUUAUUGAGGUUAGACUGUAUUCGUUUUGCCCCUUCCCUCGACAAUUUGCUUCGGCGAUGCAGAGAUUGGAUUAGGUUCUGGUAAACCACCAGCCCGAACCAGUCUCCAUCGGCUACAGGCGCGAGAGUCCUUCGCAUAAAUUGAGAGAGAAAUCUGGCUGAUGCGAGGCAGCAUGGACCACCGAAUUUGAAGAUAAUCAAGCGGGCCCUGUUGAUUUUCUACAAGGCAUAGCGUUAAGGCAGCCCCUAAAGAAACACAAGAAAGGGAAUAUAUAACAUAUUUUCAUCAAAUAAAAAAUAUAUAUAUAUGAUUCUCAAGCGGUUUAUGAACUCAGAAUAAAAUUUAACAGCUGCUAAGCGGCUAUUAUUAUUUAUCGGUAUCAUGCGAACUUUAUAACAAUGAACAGUUUUGUUUAUUUAUUUUUUCCUUUCUAGAGCUUCAAUUCCCCAUACACCAUAGGAACAGACUAUAUAAGCGUCAGGCUGAUUCAACCAACUCAAACAGCACAAAUUCUGUGGAUCAAACGGUGCGGAAAAUCAAGAAGCUUUUAUCCGAGGGCAAACUGCAACUUUGUCAUUCAAAAGGUGUCACGUGCUCAUUUCCAGGCCCUCCAGGUCCACCUGGACCCAGAGGAGAAAAAGGAGACCGGGGGCGAAGAGGACAGAGAGGUAAACCUGGAAACAAAGGAGAUCAAGGCAUUAUGGGGUUACCAGGAAAGAGUGGCAAGCAAGGCAUCAGGGGACUUGUUGGGCUGCCUGGCGAAGCUGGUAUUAAAGGUCAGAAAGGAGAUACAGGUCCCACAGGCAUGCCGGGACCGAAAGGAGAGCCUGGCGAAUCAUUUUCAGCACCUUCCGUUGCUCUUUCUCCCUCAAGGGUAACUGUGAACGAGAGUGGAUCAGCCACGUUUCAGUGUUCAGCUACUGGUAACCCUCAACCUGCGGUAUUGUGGAGUAAACUGCCGAAUAAAUUACAAAUGAGACAGUCAGCGGUUACAGGAGGAAUUCUAAGUUUACAGAACGUGAAAGGAAGUGACGCGGGUGUGUAUAAAUGUUCAGCGGCAAACGUCUUAGGACAAGCGCACGCGUUGGGUCACCUGGUAGUAAACGGUGAGUUCAUGAAUCUCCUUUUCCAUAAUACGUCCUUUAAUUUAAUCAGAGGAUAGAAAACCUCGCAGAAUGCACCACAAUAUCAGCAGUUGUCCCAAGAAAGUACGAGACUGACAUUCAAAUCGCGGCCAAGUACAAUACGCCAAUGAUAUGCCGGGUUUUUUUUUACCUUAUGGUAUAGAUUCUACAAGAGUCAACGUCUUCCUCUUUAUUUUAAACUCAUGGCCUUCCCUCCUCCAGUUAGGCGAGUAUCUGCAAAACACGUAUUUCUAGUGUAAGAACAUUUGACCAUUUAUUCUGUGCUAGUGCCAGGAAACAGGAAACCUGCCUCUUUUUAUUAACUAACGAGCGUCCUAAUAAUAUUAACUUUUUUCGCUUUGCAGUUCGUCCUUCCAUAUCUCUUAAUCCGGGACCCUUUUACGUCGUGGAAGGAAGUAAUGCUACUCUACCUGUGUGUCACGUGACCGGCUAUCCUGCGCCUUUGGUCAAAUGGAGUAAGUCAUUUGGUCAGCUACCCCCGGGGAGGGUACAGAGUAACAAAACUGUCAUGAAACUGUUUGGGGUCCGUAAGGUUGAUUCUGAUAACUACAUAUGCACUGCGACUAAUCUGUUAGGAACUGUAGUAAAACGAACUGUCUUAGUUGUGGUCUCCCUCCCUAAAUUCGCUAUAAAGCCACCAGAAAAAGUUACCGCGUUGAUUGGCGAAACAUUUACUUUAAACUGCUCUGCCACCGGUGAUCCUCAGCCAGUCGUGAACUGGAAAAAGCAAGGAGCACAACUUCCAGUUGGACGAAGCCAGGAGAUCAAUGGUGUGUUAGUUAUCAGAAACACGAAAAAGGAAGAUGCAGGGAGUUACAUUUGUGCUGCAAGGAGUGCAGGGUUUUUUACCGUGGAAACUGUCACAGCUGUUGUGCUUCUGCUUCCCAAAGGUAAUCAAAGAUUUUUUUUAUUACUAGAGGUGAAUAAUUUUGUUUUUUCAAAUCACUCUAGUCUGUGUCAGAUCCCAUUUUUCUUUUCAGUCGGAACGUAACAAAAAUGACAAUAACAAUGCCGAAGUACUCUGUCAUGAAUAGUGACAUUUUUAAAAUUUUGAGAUUUGUUGAGAUCUUCAAAAAAAAAGCAAGAUCAGUGGUCUGGCAAGAUUAAAAGUGCUUCCCAGCCAAAGAUCAGUUUGUCAGGGCAAAUUACGGCCAUGAGAUAUUAGUUUUCUCAUGAUUACUGAUAACCCCAUACAAAUCCUUCUAACUUUGACUUGUCAGAACGACCGAUAUGUAUGGAGAUUUGUGUGGAGUUAUACCAGAGCGUAACAGCGCUCACAAACCGUAAGAAAAUGCUGAUUUUAGGCAGGUAUGCCUUUUUGAUCUUUUUAUUCCAGAAUACCCAGACAAAACCCAUUCACGUUGAAUGUCAUAAAUUUAGUUUUAUUUAUUUAGUUUUGUAAUCAUUUCUUCUAUUAUGCAAAUUCCUUAAGGGUGGAGUCGUUUGCAGUAUAGGCGUAUACCCGUCGCAUUUGCUCGCAGGAGUUUUCAUUGUCUCUGAGCUUGAAAAAAUGAAAAAAAUUCUAAAGAGAAAUUGUAAUGGCUUUACGCGAAUGCUGCAAAUGAAUUGUCUCUAACAAGGGAUUUAAUUUUGUCCAAUUCAAUGAGAGCGAGUGCCAAAUCAUAAUUCUGUGUUUUUAAGUUGUUCGCGUGUUUCUGAAUUAUUUCGACGAACUAGUGCUCUUAAAAAUUCACCUUUGUUUGUUUCAGUACAGUAUCGUAAAUAAUUCCUUCUUAUUUUUUUUCUUCCCGUUCAGAUUGCUCUGAUCUGUUUAAGUCAGGCCGUACUCAGAGUGGAGUGUACUCUGUGAAUCCAGACGGUAGAGGAUCCUUUAAUGUAUAUUGUGACAUGCGCACUGAUGGUGGAGGGUGGACCGUGUUCCAGAGAAGACAAGAUGGCUCGGUAGACUUCUAUCGCGGUUGGAACGAUUACAAAUCGGGCUUUGGUCAGCUUACGGCUGAGUUCUGGUUAGGAAACGACAAGAUCCACAGGCUUACGGCCGCUAGACCCAGCUCUUUACGAGUGGAGCUGGAGGACUGGAACGGAGGAAUAGCAUAUUCCAAAUAUGGCAAGUUUAACAUUGGUGAUGAGCAGGCGAAGUAUCGACUUGAAGUGGGUUCAUAUUCAGGGACGUCGGGAAAUUCGUUAGCAUAUCAUAAUACUAUGAAUUUUAGCACAAAAGACAGAGAUAAUGACAAAUGGAGAAGUAACUGUGCUGUGAGUUGCUCUGGUGCCUGGUGGUACAACGCGUGCUACUAUUCCAGUCUUAACGGAAAAUACCUGAGAGAAAAACGUGAUCAGAGAGGUGUCACGUGGGAUCACUUCAGAGGUUCUCUUUCACUUAAAUUUGCUGAGAUGAAACUGAGGCCAUCAUCUUAGAUAGAAAACCAGUCAUAGGACUGGCUAAACCUUUUAAUUUAGUAUUUUUUUAAUGUUUGUUUUUGGGGAGUGCAUCUUAGAUGUUUUUCUUACCAACUGCCCGUUUCUUUGGUAAAAAGGAACAGUGCACAAAGCACUUGUAAGAUCUUACCAGCUUCUUGUCAUUGUACCACCCUUAGUAACUGGUAAACCCAGUAGGAAAUUUGUUAGCUUUAGAGAUACCCGCGACCAUCACAAAAUUCAAUGGAUGUCGGAUGUUAGAGCGGUGGGACUGGUCAAAUAUCCUUGGCUUGGAUGACGAUGAACACUAUAAACAGGACUCUGCCUGAUUUCAAGUAUAUUACACAGUUACCUGUAAACGUUUUGAUAAAUGAACUGAUAAACUCCUCUACUGAAUUACUUUAUCAAUAUACAAUUCAGCUUGCUUUGAUCUUCGUGACAAAUUAUUACCCAAGCACCUAAAUUGCCCUAUGAUGUAGUUUUGAUUCUUAAAAUAGCUUUUGCAAUACUGCACGUACUUGACUGUAUGGUUAUGCAAAUAAAGCUCGUUGUUGUUGUUGAUCAAAAUUAUGGUUUCGGAUAGAAAGAAAUAAGCGGAGAAGAGUCUGAGAUUUUUAGACAGUAGUAUGUCUUUAAUCUCGCUAGUUAUUCCCUGGCACUGGCGUGAAUAAAGAUAAGACUACUGCGAAUUAAUAAACAGGAAUGAAUAAACGCUGAUCAGAAUGCCAACAAUUUGAGGAUGUGCCAAAACGGAUUUGAACUUUGGUUCAGGUCAAACCGAGGGAAAAAAUAAUAUACAAAAACUUCACUUGUGAUCACGGUAUCAAAUUCAAUGUCAAAGUCCUAGCACCGAAGAACAACGGUAGUCUGCGUAGUCUGUUGAUAUUGUCUGAAAUGGUGACGCAAAAACAGAGUUUGCCUUCUUUUGCCAGUGUUCUUUCUCUUUUAUCUAUUGUAUUUUACUGUGCCGGGUUUUUGAGAGUGGAAUUAGAGUUAAAUGAGCAGAAGAAAAGAAUUAACGCACUUGAGAACAACGGGCAGACUGAGCCGCGGCCAUCAUUCAAACCAAGCCUUGUGGAUUUACCCAAGACAAGUUCUCUCGGUAAAUUUCUCGAUCUCAAGUCCUGUUUAUUUGUUUACUGUUUAACGUAACUAGUAUAUAGCUAUACGAUCGCUACGGUACUGUCAGUCACUUUUUUCCAAAACAUAUUAGAAACUCAUACAUCAUAGUACAUUUUACUUGGACUUAAAAGUGCAGGCUUGUUUCCAGGGCACUUUUUUGUAAAAAGUGCGUACACUCGGGGGAUGCACUUGUUCGAUUUUUGGGUGGGUGUGUGCCGCUGAGCUGCAAAUUCUGUCCCCUACUUUAGACCUUUCACAAAAACCUUAUUCAAUGCGAACCAACAACCAGAUGUAAGCUGGAAUUAAACUCCAAUCUUCACUGAACAUUGUUCACUUCCUAAGGAUAUGAUAUCCUAUUCUUAACUAAAAUCCCCGAUUUCUACCAAGACUAAACGGCAUAAAAAUCGUUACCUUUCGUACAGCGGUACAUACCUAAUAUGCUUCCUCAUCCGGGUGUCAACGGACCGUGAUCCGGUCUCAUUUAGCGCUAAGGUUUAUUCUUCUUGCUACAUAAAACGACACAAACGGUUAUCGACUCAAUACAUAGGGAACUCUUUUUUUGAAAGCGUAAGACGAUUUUCUUAGAAAUACAGUUGAACCAUGAUCUCGCCUUCCCUUUACGGAAAAGACCUCUCGGGAUUCGUAGAUGCAAUCUCAUGUGAAAGGGUCACUAGACCUGUAAUUUCACUACUCUUAGUUAUAUCAAGAAAUGCAUUACUUUUUGUAUUAUUUUGCUCCUAAUAUUUUUGCGCUUAGGAAUUUUCCGGUUUGAUUUAGCAAGCUUGUGCAUCGCUUAGGAAUGAUAGUACGUACGUGUGCCCGCAAACCUACAUAUUAUUGCCUAAAUGCCGUAGCGGAUAUUAGCUUUUUGUGGUUUUUCUUUUCGGUACAUUGUUUUAACCCUUUCGCUGCCAAAUGUAGCCAAAGGCAAAUUUCGACCAGAUUUCCAAAUUUCAUUUUGUAAGAUUUUGAAAAACAAAUAGUACCAUGUGUAAGUACGGGUAGAAAGCUUUCAUUUGAAUGGUCACAUCAUAGGAUUUCGUCCUAAGACUCUAAAGUUAGAGCCACCUUACAAAUUCCAUCAAACAUUCUGGCAGUGAAAGGGUUAAUCAGUUAAUUGACCUUAUCUUUUUAAGUUAGUGGGAUUAACCUAAGGAAAGCCUGGCGUUCUGUUUUACCGUGGUUUGGCAACGCACCUUUAUUGGUUUGCUACGUGCAAAACUGUUUAAUACUCUGGUAUAAGUAGAGGCAAGUUUUAGCCGUAAUUCAGGUGAGUUUGGACGUCACUGAAGAAACAGCAGCAGUUGUAAAGUUAACAAGAGAACUUGUUCCUAGCAAGGUUUGAUCUUUUAGUAGUUUCCGUUUAUUUUUGGUUAGUUUUAUUUUAUUGUUGCUGUAUUGCUGAUGGAUUUGAGUUUCAAAUAAAUUGCUUUGGAAAAUCCUUGAAUCCUUCUCGUUCCUGCCGCUGACCGCCCUGUCCUGUUACACCUAUACUGUGACAUUCUUAGCUAUCUAUUCUCAGCAAGCCUGAUACGCAAGUAUCUUGUAGAGAUGUGCUUCUUGAAAGGAAACAAAAUUAUAAUAACGUGCCCGUAGAUGAAUAGAGUUGGAGCAGUGCCACAGCGGAUCGUCAGCGCUAUUCUCUUUGGCUAAAAAGGAAGCUAAGGUUAACGGGUCACCUCUUCAAGUUCUACUGUACAGUACAGACCUGUACAGUUUGAUUCUGAUGAUAACUUUCUGCUACCAAAUUUGUCUCUCUUUUCUUACAUGACAACUCACCUUUCUGGUGUGAUGCAGCGCAGUUAUUUGUAUUCCGGCUUGUAAUUUAGGAUUAAUUGGACAAGCUGGAGUUCAAAUGAACCACCAGCCUCAUCCAUCGACAUUGUUUUCAAUCUAACUAGCGAAAACGAGGCGCAACGCGUGAAGGCACGUUUAAAAAAUUAAAAGUACAGAGAUAAACUUUCAGGGGCUCAUAAAGAGGAUUUUUGCACAAAAAUGAAAAUGAAUUAGUUACCACAAUAAGGCAUAGAUUGUGUUUAUCGAAGACAUUUUAACCGUUUUCUGAGAAUGCGGGAAAAAUUUACCUUUUCUUCACUCCCCAGUUUCCUCCUGACGGAUGGCAAAAUUCCCAGCCAGAGGGUACACCUACAGUUUGCCAGACGGAAAAAAAGAAAAACAAAAAACAAAACAAAAAAAGGAAAACAAGCAGUCCUGGAACUUUUGUAGAAUUCCCGGCGAUCUCAAUCUUACUCUACCACGUAGCACUUGCAGAAUGACUGUUGAACGUGAAUAUUUUUGUUUCAGAAAAAUACUAAAAGAAAUUUUCCCUGUCCCGUCUGCAGGAACAGAUAUUUUAAGGAACGUUUCUUUUGGGUGUUUUUUUUUACCUUAUUAGAGGCAGUUUUGCUGUCAACGCCUUGAAAGUUGUUUAAGUUCUCUACGGUAUUUAAUUAAAUAAUGUAAAGAGGGCAGUAAAAAAAUCAAAUACAUGUACCUGGCGAGGGCAGUAAAAAAUACAUUCCAAACAGGCAGUUGAAAAAGGCAAGAUGAAUUAAAGGAUUUGUUAAAAGUUUAUCACCUCGAAAUUCAGGUCAUAAUGCUAGAUAUUAGGUAUAAUUCGCACUGUAUAACAUUCAAUAAUCAAAGUGUUUUUUUUGCCUUUCUAGAGGUCCAUAGAAACGGAAUCUAUAAGCGUCAAGUUGAUUCAAUCAAUGCAACCAGCCCAAAUUCUGUGGACCCGACGAUGCAGAAAAUCAACAAACUUUUAUCAGAAGGCAAAUUGCAACUUUGCCAUUCAAAAGGUGUCACGUGCUCAUUAGCAGGCCCUCCAGGUCCACCUGGACCGAGGGGAGAGAAGGGAGCCCGGGGACGAAGAGGACAAAGAGGGAAACCUGGAAACAAAGGAGAUCAAGGCAUCAUGGGAUCACCAGGAAAAAGAGGCAAGCAAGGCAUUAUGGGACCUGUUGGGCUUGCUGGCCAAGCUGGUUCUAAAGGACAAAAAGGAGACAUGGGGCCCGCGGGCAUUCCGGGAUCUAAAGGAGAGCCUGGUGAAUCAAUUUCAGCACCUUCUGUUGCUGUUGCUCCUGCAAGGUCGACUGUAAACGAAAGCGGAUCAGCCAAAUUUCAGUGUUCAGCUACUGGGAAUCCUAGGCCUUCAAUAAUAUGGAGUAAAUUGAACAGUCAAACAAAAAUAAGCCAGUCAGCAGUUACAGGAGGAACUCUGCUCUUAAAGAACUUGAAAGGAGGUGAUGCGGGUGUGUAUAAAUGUUCAGCGGUAAACAUCUUGGGACAGGCUCACGCUGUUGGUCAUUUGGUAGUGAAUGGUGAGUUUAUGGACACAUCUUGUCAAAAGAGCAAGAUGAAAACACUAUAGCAUAAAAAAAACUUUAUUCAUUCUGAAAAAAAAAAAGACAAAAACAAAAACAAAAAUAGAUCCUGUUAAUUUACUUAGGUAAGCAGUUGACAAAUUGACAAAACCUUGGAUAGGUAUUUAAUUAAUCUAAACGUGAUGUUUGUCUGUUUUAACCUUGCAUUUGUUCAUGUAUUAAACUUUAUAAGAUCACAAUCAUGCAAAAAAAAGUAGGUUCGUCGAUCGUUUGGUAAGGAAAAUUAAAAGGGCGAAGAAUAUAACUAGGCGUGUGAUACAGAUAUUUAAACAGCCUCAUGAUCAAUAGUUUGUUUUGAAGAAAUCCUUGUUAAUGAUUCAGUUACUAUUACCAUGUAACGAAAAGUGACUGCAGCGGGACAUGACGUCAAUCACAAUUCUUAAUUACGGGAAGCACGUGUUUAUACCAAAUCAAUUAUGCUAACCUGUCUUUAACUGUGAAAAAUGCAUUCGAAUCUCCACUAAUGUCAUCCUAUAUACAACUGCCACUGUUUUUGCCCUGGUGGACAGUCCAUAUAAUGGCUUUUGUUUAAACCUCUCUACAACGGCAACAGCCACUACAGUGCGUACCCAACCAACUGCGAAAAUAAUCUUGUAACAACGGCCACGAAAUUCAAGUGUUCCCUAUGGUGCGUAGAUUUUUAAUCGCGGGAAGUCUUUCAAUUCAGUUAAAAAUGUAAAUACAGUACUUUUUUGCACGAACGUUUAGUACAGUGCGGGGGGGGGUAGGGGGCUCCCACAUGAAAAGGUCAGGGAUGCUCAUCGUCUCGCUUGGGGUGUUCUGGAAAAAAAAAAAUUUAGCCGUAAAGGUCUCUUUUAGGGUUGCAUUCGAAGAAAUAUUAAAAAAUUAUAUAUUUUCUAUUCGUUUUAUUUACUCGAUUAAUGUAAUCAAAGUUUAAAAUGAUUGCGUUUAGGGGCCAAAAAAGGUUGGGCCACGCCCAGAUUGGUCUCCUUUAGGGGUUUAAGCAUCCCUGCCCCUUUCAUAUGAGAGUCCCCCGGGGUACAGUUAAGCUUUACUUCAGUUAUUUUAUAGAUAUUUGACCAUUUAUUUAAGGCUAGUGCAAGGAAACGGGAAAACUGCCACUUUCGUUAUAGAUAUUCACGUAUAACUGUGGUAAUUACGUGAAAUUCUUUCGUUUUGCAGUUCUUCCUUCCAUAUCUUUUAAUCCGGGACCGUUUUACGUCGUUGAAGGAAGUAAUGCAACUCUACCAGUUUGUCACGUGACUGGCUAUCCUACGCCACUGGUCACAUGGAGUAAGUCAUUUGGUCAGCUGCCCCAGGGAAGGGUACACAGUAACAAUAGUGUCAUGAAACUGUUUGGAGUUCGUAAGGUUGAUUCUGAUAACUACCUCUGCACUGCGACUAACUUGUUAGGAACUGUGGUCAAACGAACUGUCUUAGUUGUGAUCUCCCUCCCUCAGUUUACUGUAAAGCCACCGUUAAAAGUUACUGUGUUGAUUGGUGAAACGUUAACUUUGAACUGCAGCGCUACUGGCGAUCCUGAACCAGCCAUGAACUGGAAGAAACAAGAAGCACAACUUCCAGUUGGUCGGAGCCAGCAGAUUAAUGGUGGGUUGGUUAUUAGAAACAUUAGAAAGGAAGAUGCAGGGAAUUACAUCUGUGCUGCAACGAUUGCAGGGGUUUUUGACGUAGAAACUAUCACAACUAUUGAUGUUCUGGCUUCUAAAGGUAAACAAGGAUUCUGUGUAUUACGAGAGAGGAUAAAGCCUAAGAGGGGGGUGUGUUGGCCAGGUUAAUUCUAGGACGUACAACCAAACUUGAUGAAAAUCGGGAGGGGGGGAGUGGCACAUCCCCUAUUCUCUUGAAACAGUUACUGAAGAGAGUUACCGAACGAUAAAAAAAUUGAAUAGAAAUAUGUGAGAAAAACCUCGUGGGGGGUGGAAUCCAUCCCGUUGGAGUCCGUUUUUAGCCGGAAUCAUUUUCAGAAAUAUCCACCUAAAAAUCCACCACUGCAUUCAAUAGUAAUUAACAUUGACGUAUUGUUAUGUCGGGUGAGAGAGGCGGACCAUAACGUUUAUUCUAGAGUUUUCACUGAUCGUGAUCUUGCUUUAAUAAGGGUAGAAUUCAGGUAAUUAAAUCAAAAGCUAUUCUUAAGUGAAUAAUUCUUAAGAAGCCUUUUAAAUUUGCUCCUUAUUUCUAGUGGGAAGCAAAGGCCAUAAUGGGACAUUAUGGCUUUUGGUAGAAGAUUUUUCUACGUUUCCGUACUGCGCUUGUGAACGUUCUACCUAUUCAUGAUGUGCUUUGGUUUUCUUUCUUAAAGCUGAUGUUUCUGGGUAACUGACCACCUACCCUUCCCCUAAGUCACAAUUUUGCCCUUAGAGAGAAGUAAGUGUCAAUGUUGGCUUAGGGGAGGGGUAGGUGGACAGUUACCCAGAAGCCUCAAUUGAUCCCUUAAAUUAGUAAAAUAAAUGAUGUACUAGCCUGAGAGCGAGAAGGCCUCAAAAGCUCCCCUCGGUCUGAAUAAAUAGGGCUAAUACGUUCUUGAUACUUUGUUCUUGAUAAAGCAUUUCAUAUUUAUCCCCCAAGAUUGUUCUGAUCUGCUGAAGUCAGGCUAUACUCAGAAUGGAGUUUACUCCAUAAGUCCGGAUGGAAGAGGAUCCUUUGAUGUAUAUUGUGACAUGCGUACUGAUGGUGGAGGAUGGACCGUGUUCCAGAGAAGACAAGAUGGCUCGGUAGACUUCUAUCGCGGCUGGAACGAUUACAAAUCAGGCUUUGGUCAGCUGACGGCUGAGUUCUGGUUAGGAAACGACAGGAUCCACAGGUUGACGGCCGCUAGACCCAGUACUCUGCGAGUGGAGUUAGAGGACUGGAACGGAGUAAGAGUAUACGCCAAAUAUGGCAAGUUUAAAGUUGGUGAUGAGCAGGCGAAGUAUCGACUUGAAGUGGGUUCAUAUUCAGGGACAGCAGGAGAUUCGUUAGCAUAUCAGAAUAACAUGGCGUUUAGCACCAAAGACAGAGAUAAUGACAGAUGGGGUAGUAACUGUGCUGUGCAAUACACUGGUGCCUGGUGGUACGACUCUUGCCACUACUCCAAUCUAAACGGAAAAUACCUUGGAAGAAAAUCUGAUGACAGAGGAACCCGUUGGAGAGGCUUCAGAAGUUCUCUUUCACUUAAAUUUACUGAAAUGAAACUUAGGCCGUCAUCUUAG